AUGGAUAACCUAUAUCUAAAAGGAGAACUUUUGCAAGUUCACACUAAGAACGAUGAAGUAGUUGAAGGUAGAUUUUACGGAAUGAACAAUGACAAGUCAAGGAUAUCCUUGUACGGCCUGAAAGAGGAAGGGGGAGAAAAUGAGGGUAUUACCCACUACUAUGACUCUGAGGUCCGCAACAUCGUCAAGUUGAAUGACCCCGAUGAGCUGGCCAAUACAUUUAAAACACAUUUAAAAAUAUCACAAAAAGAAUGUCAGGACAUAAUAAAGAUAUCAAAGAAGUACAUUUUCAUCAAUCAAGUAGACAACACUUUCCAUGCAGCAUUGGAGAACUUGAAGCAGUAUAGCUACAUAGCUGUGAGUACAGAUGGAGCCAACAUGGGUAGAAAAUGUAAGAUGCCAUUUCUAGUGAUAUCUACUCCUCAGCAGAUAUACAUUUUUGAUAUACAAGUCAUGCAGUUCCAUGCCUUUGAUGCUGGGUUGAAGGACCUGCUGGAAAGUGAAAGCCCAAAAAAAAUAGUUCAUGACUGCAGGAAGCUCUCAGACUGCCUGUCUCACAAGCACAAUGUCCAACUCAAGGCUGUUUUUGAUACUCAGGUUGGUGAUCUCAUCAUUUCAAGAAACAAGAUAGGCCGUCUGCCUACUGAGGUCAAGUCACUGCAAGACUGUUUGAAUACUUACCUGGGAUUGCCAACUAGUACCAUUGAUGAUAAGCUUGACAUAGUGCAAUGCACUGAGCGCCCCCUUGCAGUGAACAUUAAAGAGACACUUGCAAUGAACAUUGCAUACCUUCACUUACUUUCUGAAGUGAUCAAUGAAGAGAUGUCACUGCCAUUUGUUAGAGGAGUAGAAUGCUAUGUGGAGAACCUUCGGUCAUGUGACGACUUCAAGGCUUGGGAACUCAGCGGAAAGACAAAACAACCCCCAAAAGAAUUCAAAAACGCCAUUGAAUAUUGAAACUAUUGACAUUCCGCUACUGCUAUAGGUUUUUUUAUUUUCUUUUUUUUUGUUGGACAAUUACUAUUUUAUUCCUAUGCAAUGGAAAAAUUAUAUAACUAAAGGUUGGCUUGAGUUUCAUAAUGCUUAUGAGUGAAGGCAGUAUUAUAGUCCAUCUCUUGUAGUUGUAGGUCAAAAUAAUAUAUUUUCGUGAUUAACGUUCAAAUGAAGUGCAAUAUUUUAAGUUAUUUGUAGUGAUAUUCUACUUAACUAUAAGAUGCUGCUUAUAAUAAGCUUUAUGGAGUGGAGUUGAGUUAUGCCUGCUCAAAUUAACAGCUUAAAAUCUAAAGUAUAACCUACAGCAGUUUUUGUUUCAAACAGGAGUCCCUAUUCUAUUGUUACUGGUAGUAUUGUGAAUGUAUUUUACCAAUUUCUCUCACUUUUAUAUCAGCCUAAAUUAUGAUGUUAUAAUAAUGCUUUAUAAAAAAUAAGGAUUAUAAUAUCUCACUUUGCACUAUCAUUGAAGAAGUAGGUAUAGGUACUUAAGUUAAUAUUAUGUGAAAGAAAAUAUUUUGUGUAUGAAUUUUACACGUAACUGUAAGGUAUCAGUAACAAAGUGUGCCCUAACAAUAUAUCACAACAUGUUUUUUUAAAUAAAUACAUAGAAAUAAGAAGCUUAAAGCUUUUGUGACAUGAGAAGCCUUUGCCUGAAUAAAUUAUUCCAAUAAA